AGCAUAAUGUGUUUAUUCUUCGAGCCAAGUCAAGCUAAUUGUUUAUUCUUGAUCGUAAUCAGCCUAAACGUAUGCACCACAACGUAACCAACUGGGCUCAAGUGUCCGAUUAACCAUUCCGAAUAUUCUUGCUAAGAACUGUUCAAAUAUACUCGGUGGCAACACAUCGGUGAUGAUCAUAAAAGAUGCAGUAAGCACAUUAUUGCUACAAGGUUAUGUGUUGUAAAGUUGGGUUUCUGUCGACGAGUGCGUCAUAAUUAGAGAAAGAGAUCAGUAAACUGCACAUUCUGUUUCAUGGCAGGUAUGACGACUGCAUUUCGGUUUGAUUUCACGAAAUCUGUUUAAGAUGGUCAUUUUCAGCAAUGGGACGAUAUCAAUAUGAAUGACAGCAUUUACUAGUGUCAUGCCAUAACGAGCACAACACUUGGAGUCAUUUUGGCGCCUGAAUCCGCUGGAGAUACAUCGAUCAGAUACCAGGAAAAGCCUCUACCAGCUAAUCACCCAAUGUAAGGGUAUAGUAGCUCCAUGAAUAGUGAUUGGUGAUAUAAAGAAAAACUGAUGAAAUCAAUUAUUAACGCACUUUUAAUGAGCACUGUACAAGUUUAAAACGUCAACUUGUGAUUGAAUCAGAAUUUUCGACACUUGGGAGCUGCAGUGGAUAUAUCAAAAGUGAUACAAAAGUUUGAGGGAAAAAAACAGUCGAUCAUCAUGAAGAAAGGUGACAGUGUUUCAGUAGAAGGUGGAUCUCGAAUCAGAGAAAAAGAAGUCGCUAAACCUCGCAAGGUCAGUCAACUCAUUGAAGCCAAUCUUUCCUUGACAUCAACAAGAGGUCGAACAUUGACAUUCAGCGAUGUCGCCAGCGAUCGCGAAAGCGAAGCUUCGACGUCGACGCAACGUCGACGGCCGGCGCCUCAACGAGAUCGCGCUGCGAGCCUCAUGAACUUGAAGCGAGGUGCUUCACUCUACUUCGGCAAAGAUAUCACGACGUCCAUGUGGUGGAAAUACCGACAGAUCCAUGGCGGCAUUGAGGCACUACGGGGUGAUCACGGCGGCGGGCACGGCGGAGCACUGGAAUAUGAAAACUCGUACCAGCUUGAACCGAAAUCAGGACACAAAUUCGCGCCAGGAAAAGUUGAGGAAUGCAUUCGAGAGGUUCUAGGGUAUGUAUUUGAGAAUGAAGUGUACGACCCAAAGAGGGCAGCCAUCUUGGCAGCUGCUAUAUCAGACGCGGUUAAACAGAAGGUGAAAAUGUUAUGCGGUCUUGAUCGCUACCGUUUGGUGGUCAAUGUCGAUAUCGGAUCAAGAGUACCUGGUCAAGAAGUGGUCAUUGCAAGUCGGUAUCUUUGGAAUACAGACACUGAUGGGUUUGCAACGGUGUCAAGUCAGAAUAGAACCAUGUAUAGUGUUGUUACAGUGUAUGCUGUUUACAUGGAUUAAACUAAUCCAUGCAAAAAAGACGAUACCUUUAAUGUUUGGAAAUGAGAUUAAGGAAGGUCAUUGUUGCAUUGUCAUUAAAAAAGAUUUUAGAUAUUAAAAGUCUAGAGAAAAAAUAUUACGAAUUGAUGUAUAUUUCAUAAUAAGAACAAAACUUUUAUUGACAUAAUUUUCUGCACUUUUCAGGUUAAUUUCAUUUUCACCUGAAAUGUGUCGAGGUGUCUUGCCAUUUUCAAAUUCAAUAUCAAAGUAUCGAUUUCAGUACCUGUGAAACACAGUGUGAGCUAUGUUACUAUAGGCCUAAAUAGUUAAUUAAAUAUUAUGCGUCCAUAUUUUCAUUAUAUACAAUGCAUACUCACAACACAACUUUAUGAUAAUAGGUCAAGGGUACUUUUCUGUUAUAUAUUCGCUUGAGUUUACUUUCUAGACUAUAUCAAGGCAAUUGAAAAAUUACUAUUUUUUCACGAAGAUAAACUCGUAACACAAACAAAACAAAAUUAGGUUAUAGGUAAAAUGCAGGGGCGGAAAU